AUGCCUCUGUCGGACAGUGCUCCCUUCGAUUUCCCAGCGAUCGGAUUCAGUCUUCACUCGAUCAAUGCCCACGGUACUCCGUAUCUGUCGGUACGAGUCGACUACGACCCGCUCAAUUUCGAGUCCUUCUCGGAGGACGCGAUUAAGUGGUAUCAAUGGGUUGAUGAUAAGUUCGUUCUUUAUCAUAUCAACCCACCUCGUCCACCUCCUGGAUGCCCCGAAGGCCCACAUUCACAUGACGGAGGAUUCUUCGUAAAAGUCGAAUUCGCGACUUGGCUGCGGAACUCGGUUCCCGUGGAUUGUCCGCGCUGCCAAUGCAACCCGUGGUACGAUACUCCUCUCUACGAUCAUUCUGAUCCACUGGAGUGUCAAGCCCUCGCGUUCGCAGCGAUUCGGAUAGAUCGAAUGCCAAUGGAAGUGAUGGUUCGAGCAUACGCCUUCGCAUCACGCAAUCGUGUGUGGUCAACCUGGAUUCUCGUCGAAGUUGAGAGUGGUCGAGAGCAUAGUGUCCGGGCUUUCGAGUUGAACGGCGGAUUUUUCCUCCAGAAGACUCCGGAAGCUCUUGGAACACGUAUCCCUCGGGAUAUGUCACCAUUGGACCAGUGGGUAGCCUAUCACGUAGCCAUUUUGGAUUAUGUUGAUGUAAAUGCUCCUCGCCCUCGAUACUCCACUUCACGACUGUCUUCGUUGAGUUUGGUUCGUGAAAACGAUAUGAACUGCGGAUGCCUACCCUCGUUACUGUCACAACAUGAAUCGUUCGGACUGUCUGAUUUCUGUCAAAUCCGUCAAACCGCCCAAAAAGCGAUGCUCUUGCAUAAACAGAUGAGUGCAGCUAACACUACUGACGACCAGGAGCGAGUGAACAAUCAAGUCCCUCGCAAUCAGCUUCCGCCGAUCGCCUUGAUCCAAUGCCCCCCGAUAAGUGAGCAACGUAUAAACGAGCCCCUUGAGAUCGGCAAAGAACCCUCGCCCGCACCACCGGUCUUCGGACUCGGAUUGCCCCGCGUGGAGCCCGGAACAGAAGCCGAAAGAGAGCUCCUCGAUUAUGGGGAUAGCUCAGGAGAGGAGAACCAGAUCCUCGAUGAGGCCGGAAAUUCGUACUCAAACGAGGACGACCUCCCGCCGCCAAACGAGCAGAUUCAAUUCGGUCCGUCACCGUUCUAUGUUGAUACCAACUUGAACAUGGACGACGUCGAUCCCUCGCAGGAUUCAUCAGAUAAGGACCAGGACGUAAGUCCAGUGUCUGCAUCCGGUGAUGAGACCGACGGAAAGAUGCCAGAGACCGCAGCUCAACUCCUCGAAACUACCCACGAAUCAGAGACGAUUCCCACGAUUUUGGCAAUGCUGAAAAAGAUCUCGGAUCAGCUCCAUACCAUCUCGACAGCUUCAGUCACCCAUGAUGACCUCGGCAAAUACGUGACCAAGAAAGAUCUCGAAGUGCUGGCGACAAAGAACGACCUCGAGGCCCUCGCAAAGAAAGCAGAUCUGACUGAUCGUAUUCCUUCCCUCGAUCAAUGGACCGAUAUGAUUGAGAGAUUGGCCCCGAUCGCAACUCUCCAGGGUAUUUCCAAAAAUAUGGGUAUCUUCCUGGAGCAGCUGACUCGGAUCGCGAUCGAUCAACGCCGUCUCUCCAGAAGUCAAGGAAAAGGAAAUGAGAAAGUUGAGCUGCUUUUGAAGCAAGGUUCCCUCGAUUGGAAAAAGUUCGAAAGCACCUCGUUGAAAAUCACCAGAGUCUACGAUUCACUGAGAAGCUAUAUUGCACGGAAAGUGUCAUCGAUGGAAACGGCCACGGAGGUCAGAGAUCUGAAAAUCCAGAUGGCUGGAAUCAAGAAGGAUCAGGAUAGCUUCAAGCAAAUCCUCGAACCAGGCGCAGACCACGAUGAUUCAGUCCUGAUAGCCCUCGAUGAGAUCGAAGCGAUCGGUAAUUCCUCGGACCGUGCGCACAAUCGAAAGGUUGCUGAAAUUGAGGAGCGAAAGCUUCAUGAGGCCCGAAAAACCAGUACCACAAUAUGUUUUUACUGUCGUGGAGCUCAUGACGCAGCCCAGUGUGAUGUCCACCUCGAUCUGCAAUCGAAACGUCUGGCGCUGAUUACUCAGCAAAGAUGUAUCAUCUGCGGAAAGAACGACUGCGAUGGCUCGCCAGAACUCUGCAAAGCGAAACACCGCCUCUGCGUCAGAUGUGAUCCGUCCAUGCCCUCCAAAGAACGAGAGCAUCACCCUCUUUUGUGUCCCUCCCGCCACCAGAAGCAUCCGUCUUCCUCGGCCGGAGAAACCUCGAAAGUGGGAAAUCGCUCGGAAUCUGAUCCAAAAGAUGACUCCUCGUACUUCGGCGCCAACAUGGACAAAUAUCUUGACCAUUCUCGGCCUCGCCAAGAAGGUCGAUAUCACGUGCAGAGAAAGUAUGUCGACUUUAAAGAGAAUGGUUUCUUCUCGGACUCCGGUUCCGAUGAAGAGAAGGCCUCGUCGAGUCACCGAGCACUAGCCCCCUCGUCCAGCAAAGGAUCCGGCGGUGAACCCUCGAAGAGAUAUGGUGGAACCAAGUGGCAGCGUCGUGGCGCCAAGCACAGAAGCAGUGGAAAGCGCGACGAUGCGAAGAGACCGAAACUCGCCCCAGUGGCAAAGUCGGAAACCUCGAUAAAGAAGGAGCCAGAAGCUGCCGAAUAA